GGAGAGUACAUAGCGACAAUAAACGACCUCUCACCUGUAAACACGAACAAUUUGUGUUUCGAGGCGGAGUUAGGCUUUCGUUGAUCUAAUGUUCUAUUCUAUACUACUGACCAAUGAUAGAAAGUCCUCAGGGCACGAUAGGAGGAGCAUGAAUAUUAUUAAGUGUGUGUGUGUGGACAGUGGAGGGUAUUUUUCAACCUCAGACUUUGGAGCAUACCAGAAGAAGUUCAUUUCUAUUGUGUAUGUGUGACAGAAACACCUAGUUAAAGAAGUAACAUGGGUGAAAUUGCAGAGUGCAGCUGGUCUUCAUCGGUGUUGUGCUGCAUCGGCUCCGUCACUGUGCUGUAUUACCUGCUGAGGUGGUCUUGGCAAUGUUGGCAUGGAUUCAAAGUGUACGUGAUCUCUGAAAUCUGGCAAACGGACUUGAGGACAUAUGGGAAGUGGGCCGUUGUUACUGGAGCGACAUCAGGGAUUGGCAAAGCAUAUGCUAAAGAGCUUGCCAAACGAGGCUUAGACAUUGUUCUGAUCAGUCGCUCAGAUGACAAGCUCCGCCAUGUUGCCAAGGAAAUAGAGUCUCAGUACAAGCGGAAGACUCGUGUAAUUCAGACAGACUUUACAGAGGGCCAUCCCAUCUAUUCAGCUAUUGUACAGCAGCUAGAGGGCCUGGAGAUUGGAAUUUUGGUGAACAAUGUAGGUAUGAACUAUAUGGGAGUUCUGGCAAACUUCCUGGAUGCUCCUGACCCCGAACAGAGAAUCACACAGGUGAUAAAUUGUAACAUACUGUCUGUCACUCAGAUGAGCAGACUCAUUUUGCCAGGCAUGGUUGAAAGGGGAAAAGGUCUCAUUAUAAACAUAUCAUCAGAGGCAGCCUCUCAACCCCAGCCAAUGCUGACAGUGUAUUCUGCCACUAAGAUAUUUGUGACAUAUUUCUCUCGCUGUCUGAAUGCAGAAUAUAGAUCACAAGGAAUCACUAUUCAAUGUGUAGCCCCGUUUAUGGUCUCCACUAAUAUGACUCAUAACGUACCUGUGAAUCCUUUAAUAAAAAGUGCUGCUUCGUUCGCUAGAGAUGCACUGAACACUGUGGGUUACACAACAUUUACAAGCGGAUGUAUAACUCAUGCGCUGCAGCAUAUUGCUCUGUGUAUCUUUUUUCCAGGCUGGCUGCGUCUCUCUUCCUUUUGUGUGCAACGCAUGGCAAAAUUUGCUCGCAGUGUUGAACCUCAGAUUAAGAAGAGGAUGGCAGAGACAAACAACAAAAAGGACUGACACAAGCACACUGUGCGGACUGCAGUGAUGAACACACAAACAGAGAUACACAAACAUACACACAGUAGCAUCCACAGUAAGAGCUGUACAUAUACACAAACUACUGUAUUUCUACUGAGGCAAACAUAACAUAGUUAGAACUACAGUAACACAUACACACAAACACAUUUUCUGGUAGGUUGACAGAUGCACACACACAGGUCACAGCUGCAGUGACACAUUAGGUAAGCAAAUACAAAUAAUGUUUAUUCAUGAUUUUUACGCAUAGGAAUCAGGAGUCUUAAUCAAUAGGAUAACGACUAGAGAGCUCAUCUUUUAAUCUGUAAUCUUUAAAAUGGAUUAAUUUAUUUUCCAUAAUGUGAUAAGAACAAGCUCAAGAGUGAUGGAUUAUAAUUUACUUUUUUGCAUUAAAAAAAAAAAAAAAAAAAAAAAAAAGGCAAUGAAGGGAAAAAUGACCGCAAUGUUUAGUUUAAUAACAGUCUCCUGCUUACAGACUCAACAUUCAGUCAUAUGAUUCAGCUAUUGCAUUAAAUGCUAUGGAAUGCAGUACAUCCUGAUUGAAAAUCCUCUUCACCUAAAUUACAAUUCAAGAUCAUAAUUUGUACAGUCCCAUUUAUGGUCCUGUACUGAAUACAGUAACUGUAACUAUGUAUACUGAAGUAUAUUAAUGAUGCACAAUUUCAGAUAAGAUUUUUUUUUUUUUUUUUUUUUAGAUAUUCUGGAUUGUGGAAAUUGGACUGUGUAAUUUUUGCAUACUAAAACUCAAAACACUGUAAACAACAACAACAAAAAUACUUUUUAUAUGAAAUGUACAGAAUGUAAUGGCUUUUAAACUACAUAUUCCGCAAAAUACCCCUAUUAUUGUACAGCUAUGAUACGAUACAAUACAAAAAUAAUUUCAGCA